UCCCUCCUCGUUCUCGAGCACAAAAGCUCCCUUUAAACAUCUCAUGCCUAAAUUCUUCUUCCCCUUCCUCCCUCGCUCCCGUUCUCGAGCGACGGCUGUGAACUCGGAAAUCAUGGCGGCUGUGAGCUCUAGUUCCAAAAACGCGAGGAAGGAGGAAGUGAAGAAGGAAACUGGACUUGGGUUGACCCACAAAGGAUGAGAAUUUCGGAGAAUGGUAUUCCGAGGUUGUUGUUAAUUGUGAAAUGAUUGAAUUCUAUGGCAUAUCUGGCUGCUAUAUCCUGAGGCCGUGGACAAUGGCAAUUUGGGAAACCUUACAGACCUUUUUUGACACGAAAAUAAAAAAGAUGAACAUAAAAAAUGCUUAUUUUCCUCUAUUCGUAACUAAGAACCUUCUGGAGAAGGAGAAGGAUCAUAUAGAAGGUUUUGCUCCUGAGGUUGCUUGGGUUACUCAGUCUGGACAGUCUGAACUGGAAGUUCCUAUAGCAAUACGUCCCACAAGUGAGACUGUUAUGUAUCCUUAUUUUUCAAAGUGGACAAGGGGACACCGUGACUUGCCUUUAAAGCUUAAUCAAUGGUGCAAUAUUGUAAGAUGGUAGCUCACCCAUCCUACUCCUUUCAUCAGGUAUCCUUUUUUUGAAUGAAGUUUGUUUAUAUGUGUUUUUUUUUUUCUCAAGUCUAUUGUGCUUUAUUGUUUCUGUGGGUUGGAUCUUUUAAGUUUCUCUUGUAGCAAUCCAAACCUGUAGUUUGUUUGUUGUCUGGUUUAGUAUCUAACAAAGUGUAAUUGUUAUGGUAGUUGCAGUUUGCAAUGUUUAACUACAAAAUUCUCAAACAUGUUAUGUGGCAUAAUUGUAAACAUAAUCAAGAAGGAACAGUACUUGCUUUGUGCAUCAAAUUGCAUGCAGUAUUCACCUCAAGGAUCAAGGUUUCGCUUACACCGGUAUGUAUCUAUGAUAUCAAGAUGUUACAUCUAUUGUGUACUAUCUUGAACUGCAGAAAAAAUGGGAAAAUUAUAUGAAUAAGAUGUGACAAUUAUCAAGAUGUUACAGAUUCUAAAUUGAAUUUGAAAACCAGAAAAGCCAUUUCAGUUUGUUAUGUCUUAUAUGAUGAUACAAAGUGUGCACAUAAUUAUGUCAAAUAUGGCUUGCUGGAUAAGCAUCUAGCAUCUCACAGUUCUUGCACCAACCAAUGUGACUCUUUUUGUCAAAACUCUACCAUUUAUCUUUGCCAGAUUGUUGGACAACUUUAUCAACUUAUUAGACCAUUAUGACCAUAUUCUAUUGUUACCUUAGUGGAAAGAUUUGUUCUUUAGUCGAGUAUCUUGGAAGGUCUUAUCUUUUCUUAGUGAGAGCUUCCUUAACAUUUGGGGAAGAAAACCUCUUUUUUUUUCUGUUCAAGGAAGAGCGAGAGAGUCUUUAUUACUGUAACAUGUACCUUUCAGAGCAUUGUGAUUUAAUCUUUUAAAUAUUUUUAGAAACGAUAAGAUUUCAAUUCUUUUCCUUUGCAUCUCAUCAACCACACGUAUAAAGAUUAGGGAUAAUGUGAUUAUUCAUGAUAGUAGAGUUUUAAACGGAAAUUUAUAGGGAUGCAUGAGGUAUUAUUGAGUUCCAAAUGGGAUGUUGAGUAAGAUUCAUGCUGACCAAUGAAGCACAAAUUAAUCAAAAUUCUCGGAGUGUUUGUGCCAUGUCAAUGUUGAAACACUGUUGGUUUUCACACAUGCCAGGUAGUUUAAUAUAUUGUGACUUUUGUACUAUCUAUACAUAUUAAUGUUAUAUAUGCUACACUUUUUUUUCAUUAGGUAUAAAGACAUCGAGUUUUUGCAAUAUGCAUGUAAUAUGUACUUUGACCUGUGCCUUGUUUUUAUAUGUUUUUGAAUAUCUUGGAUGUUCUCUAUUAACGACCGUGUUCAAGGCUUUCAUGAAAGGAAACCAGCCUAGGUGGUACUGCUAGGAAUUGGUAGGUUUUCUCAUGAAACCUUUGAGAUUUUACCUCCUUCAUAUGUCAUGCUUCUUGAAGUUUUUGUUGCUGCUUGUCUGCAUUGUUCUUCUGCUGUUUGCAUUUUCCUGUUUUGUCUUUGAUCCUCAACUUCAUAAACCAAUAAACCUUGUAGGGACCCUUUGCUUUGCUUUGGGAACACCUGCAACAAUGUGGACAUACUGGGGAAGAAGCUACUAAGCGUUUUGCAUUAUUUAUUUGUCACUGACUCAUGCCUUCAAUUGCUAAAAUUGGAGCAUGUUUCCAGGGUUUGCUUGAUUCAUAAUUUUCUUGCUUAUUUUGGUGAAGUCUUUCUGAUUCUAUACUUUAAGAUGUUUGACUUGAUAGCUGAUCUGAUUUUAGCUAAUACUUAAUAUUAUUCGAGAUCCAAAAACCCGUAAUGUGGUUGACAUGAUUUGAGAUUAGUAUUCACUGUGGUAGUAGAGUUAAUCCAGAACUUACCAGAAUUCAAGCUGUUGCUUAGUAUAAGCAUUCCAUGUCACCAAACUGCUACAUCAUCCAGAUGUGAUCCAAAAGUUUGAUUUAUUCAUUAACGUCUGCAACUAUUCUGAUGUUAGAUGGUAAAUACUGAUCGAUAUUUUUAACCAUGAACCUCAAAUCAGUAUCAAACCUUAUGAUCCAUCUAAGGUCAUGUACUUAUAUUUUCUGUUCUUUUACUAAGUGAUAUUGUUGGCAAUAUAAAAUUGAUAUCAAACUGAUAUAUAAAACCUACAUGCCAGACAAAAAGAUGAGAUUUUUGUUUUGAAUUGUGCCAUACAUAGAUCAUCAACAGCCUAUGUUAUUUUGGAUUGCUGGCCUAGGCAUGGAGUUUGGUAGCUUGUGAGGCUGCAACUUUUGGAUAGGGGACAAGAAAGAUAUGGUCUUGUUUGUCCCAUUAGUCAUGUGUGAUGAAUCCUCAUCCCUUUUUACUGUCAUUUCGAGCUAAAAAUAUAUCAUAAAAGAGAUUAUCCUGUUAUUUAUCUUUCAUAAAAGAAUCUUUUUUCUGGGAUGAUCUGAUUUGGCCAGGCUGCGGCGAUGAGGAGUCCGCAGGAGAGGAACACGAGGCUGGAAAACGUGCUGGCGAAUUUGGAAUUUGACACUCAAGAAGAAACCAUCCACAUGUACAGACAACUUGUGCUGCCAGUCUGCAAUAAUACAAGAUCUUUCUCAUACUCUGUCCACUGUUUCUGGUUGCUUGCAGAAGGAGCUAAUAAUACAUGCCCUCAUCCAAAUGCCAAAGGUUGGGCCAUAUCUCUGUCCCAUAAACACGGUACUGAAGCAUCGGUGACAAAUAUGCCAAUGCCUAUAUCUACACGAAACACUGCAUUAGAUUUGAGACUCAUUCUGCAUUAGUGCAUAAGCUUAGUUCCAGUUUUCCAUUGUCACAUUCAUUGUAUAUAUAAAGAUGUGAAAAGAAUUCGAUG